CAGUUACAGUGUAGAUCUGUAGGAGCAAAUUCUAGAGAUUGGAUCUUGAGUCACCUUUCGGACAACAUUGAUUAAUAUUACGAUACUUUUUCGUAAUUUUUUUAGUUCUAGAGUCUAGUUUUUGUUAGCUUUUAUUGAAAUUAUAUAAUCUAGAUUCUAGGAUUCUCUAAAUGGAAACAGAGUGGCCAGGACGAUGGGAUCAUAUACAAAAAAUUUUGUUACGGACAGGUCCUUUUGCACAUCCCAGUUUUGAGCCUUCUCCAGAGGUCCUGUCAUUUUUAAAAGAAACAUGUAAAAUAUUAGUUAUUGGAGCUGGAGGCUUAGGCUGUGAAUUACUUAAAGAUCUGGCCUUGAUGGGUUUCAGAGAUAUUCAUGUAAUUGACAUGGACACUAUAGAUGUCUCUAAUUUAAAUAGACAGUUUCUCUUUAGGGCAAAAGAUGUUGGCAAAGCUAAGGCUGACGUUGCUGCAGCGUUUAUCAACACUCGGAUCCCAGGUGCUAAAGUAACUCCACAUUUUGCUAAAAUUCAAGAUUUUGAUGAAGAUUUUUAUAGAGAUUUUCACAUUGUUGUGUGUGGUUUAGAUUCUAUCAUAGCUAGACGAUGGAUUAACGGAAUGUUGAUAAGCAUGCUUAAGUAUGAAAAUGGUGCGUUGGAUCAAUCCAGUGUUAUUCCGAUGGUAGAUGGUGGAACAGAAGGUUUCAAAGGGAAUGCCCGAGUUAUUUUGCCUGGAAUUACUGCCUGUGUGGAGUGUACACUUGGACUUUACCCACCACAGGUGAACUUCCCACUGUGUACAAUAGCUCACACCCCGCGACUGCCAGAACACUGCAUAGAAUUUGUCAGGAUACUUUUAUGGCCAAAAGAAGAGCCUUUUGGAGCUGGUGUAGCAAUAGAUGGCGAUGACCCCAACCAUAUCAAGUGGAUACUAGAAAAGUCCCAGGAAAGAGCCAGUCAGUAUAACAUUUCAGGAGUCAACUAUAGACUUACACAAGGUGUAGUAAAGCGUAUCAUGCCUGCAGUAGCAUCCACCAAUGCAGUCAUUUCAGCUGUUUGUGCUACUGAAGUUUUCAAGCUAGCAACAAGCUGUUGUCUGCCCCUAAAUAAUUAUAUGAACUUCAAUGACACGAAAGGAGUUUACACCUAUACUUUUGAGGCCGAGAAAUCUGAAGGAUGUCUUGCCUGCAGUGACAGACCUCAGGUACUGAACUUCACUGAGACAGAUAAACUUCAAGAUAUUAUCAACCAUCUGCAGGAGAAUGCUACUUACCAGAUGAAGUCUCCAGGAGUAACUACAAGUAUGGAUGGUAAAAACAAAACACUCUACAUGCAGACUGUCAAAUCAAUAGAGGAGAAGACUCGGGAAAAUUUGAAGAAGUCAUUGAAAGAGUUGGGCUUGAUGGAUAAACAAGAGUUGUAUGUAGCAGAUGUGACCACUCCAAAUACACUUACAUUCCAGCUGCAGCUGGGCACCAAGAUGGAAAACUCAUAGCGCUAACAAAAAUGACUUACAGUCCAAACAUCUAGACCAGAGACUCAGAAAUAGUUUUAAUAAAUUGCCUUCUGUGCAUACCACGCUCAUGUUAGUUUGAUACCAUAUAAAAGAAACGGUACUUUCUUAAGAAUAAAAUAAUGUAUCUGCCCAAUUUGGGCUUGAGACUUAAAACUGAAGUUUACUUUUCAUUUCUAUGUGAUAUCUAUAUUAACAUUAAAUAUGUAUGAGGAUUGAGAUAAGCAAAAUAUGGCAUAUACUAUCUUUUCUUUGUAACUUAUUGAAACAUAAGUAAAGGUGUCUGUCAUUUUUUAAAAAAUAUUUUGCAUUGACUUUCAGAAUUAAUUUAAGAUUAACCUCAGUUUAAGUCCAUUUGUCCUUCAUGAUUGCUGUUCGUCAGUGAUAAAAUUGUAAGGAGCUCAUAAGAUUGUUAUUAAAAUUAUGUAAAAAGGUAUUAAGAUAGUGACAUUGUACUUAUUUUAUAAGAAUAUUUGUUUAAUGAUUGGAAAAGUUGUAUUAAUAAAAAUCUAU